AGGACAUCUGUCAGAGUCGUGCUCGGGCACAAGUCUGUAGUAGCCGAGCCACGGGGACGGCUCGCAUCUGCACACGGAGCGUGCGGCCGGUUGUCAUGGAGAAGCAGAUGCACCGAGGCGCGAGAGCGCAGCUCUGAAGUCCCGAUGAUUCAGAAGGAGGCGAGCAGAGGCGGUUCGCUUCUGCUCUUUGUCAGAGGAGAUGGAGGAUCGACAGCAGCCAUGAACUCGCACUGAUGCCGUUGACGGAGGGGUAAAAGAUGAAGUUCAAGAAGUUUAUCACCAUCAUGCAAGCAGCCAUGGGGAUCGUACCCCUGAACAAACGCGAGCUCCUGCCGCCCGGCAGGAAACUGUGGAGACCCUCGGGAGACCAGGCGUGUUCUGACCCCACCAGCACUGACCUGCUCAAGUCCAGUCGCAGAUUCUGCUGGUCCAGAGAAGCACAGUACUUGUAUCUGCGCCGCCUGUCUUCACGGAGCCUCUCAGCUAUCACAAUGAACCCGGUGAUGGAGGAGACGGUGUGGGAGCAGUUCACUGUGACGCUGCAAAAAGAUUCCAAAAUGGGCUUCGGCAUUGCAGUGUCCGGAGGACGGGACAACCCGAACGAUGAGACGGGCGAGACGUCCAUCGUGGUGUCUGAUGUCCUGCAGGGCGGGCCGGCUGAUGGGUUGUUGUUUGAGAAGGACCGCGUGAUUCAGGUGAAUGGCGUCCCCAUGGAAGGGGUGGUCCACUCCUUUGCUGUGCAGACCCUCAGGAAGUGCGGCAAAGUCGCCAAAAUAGUUGUCAAGAGGCCCGUGAAGGUUCCUGUUACUGCAAUGAACCGCGCCCCCUCCCCCGAUGACCGUGUCUUCAACAACGACUACAAUGAUGACUACAACUACGAGCCCGACCGGCGCAGCACACACAGCAGUGCGCGGGACCACAGUCAGGAGCGGGGAGGCUACAUGGAUUCAGGCUACCAAACCCGUGAGCGGGACUACAACCGGCAGGACCGCGGCAGGAACCCAGAGAGAGACCUGAGUCCAGACCGCCGGCCCCGCAGGGAUGGCAGCAGAGGUCGCACUUUGGACCGCAGCCCCGACAGACGCUACAGCCCUGACCGGCGCUACAGCCCUGAUCGCCGCAGCAGCCCUGACCGGCGCUACAGCCCCGAUCGCCGCUACAGGAGUGAGCACAUGCUGGACCGCGACCACAGCCCAGACCGCCGCUACCGCAGUGAGCGCGCACUCGACCGGGAUUAUAGCCCGGACCGCCGCUACCGCAGUGAGCGCAUGCUGGACCGGGAUUACAGCCCGGAUCGCCGCUACAGGAGAGAAAGCCCAGGACCGGUCCGCGGGCGCGACCCAAGCUUCGAGCGCAACCCCAGGAAGUUUGAUGAGCCAGUGAGACGAAGCGCCAGCAGGGACCGUCUGGACCGCUCUCCAUCACCCGUGGUUCCACCCAUCCCCAUCCCACUGCCACGCCCCGCCCGUGACCUGGAGCCGCUGGAGAAACCUGUGAACGUGCUCCUGCUGAAGAACCACCCUAACGAAGAGUAUGGCCUUCGUCUGGGCAGCCAGCUCUUCAUCAAAGAGAUGACCAGCACAGGACUCGCCGGCAGAGACGGGAACCUGAAGGAGGGCGACAUCAUACUGAAGAUUAACGGGACGGUGACAGAAAACCUGUCUCUGGCCGACGCCGGGAAGCUGAUCGAGAAGUCCCGCGGGAAGCUGCAGCUGGUGGUGCAGCGGGACCGGCGUCAAGUGCUGAUCCGAAUCCCACCCAUGGUCGACAGCGACUCGGAGCUCGAUGAUAUCUCAGAGAUCGAGUCGUACCGCUCUUACUCUCCACAGGAUGACAGACGAGGCCACCACUCCGACCUCUCCUCCCACUCUUCCAAUGAGAGGCUUAGAGACAAACCCAGAGAGGACCCCCCCAGCAGACUCGCCAAGAUGGGGGCUAUGCCAACACCGUUUAGAGGUUCAGAGAAGGCUGCUGAGGACACGCCCUCUGUGAAGGCAGAGAGGGAGGAGCCUCGAUCGGCAACGCCACCAAGUCCAGCUGUGCCCUCCAGGGUCCACGCCCCUCCCAAGGUGCUGCUGAAGCCGAGCGCAGAGGACCUGGAAGUUUACGGACCCAACACCGUGAUGGUGCUCUUCAAGAAAGGAGACAGCGUUGGCCUUAGGCUGGCGGGGGGGAACGAUGUGGGCAUCUUUGUAGCUGGUGUUCAGGAGGACAGCCCGGCGGACCAGGAGGGUCUACGCACUGGAGAUCAGAUCAUGAAGGUGAACAACAUGGACUUCAGAGGAAUGGUGCGUGAAGACGCCGUUCUCUACCUCCUGGAGAUUCCCAAAGGAGAGGAUGUAACCAUCCUCGCUCAGAGCAAGCCUGAAGUCUACAAGGACAUCUUAGCCUCUGGCCGAGGAGACUCCUUCUUCAUCCGAACCCACUUCGAGUAUGAGAAGGAAACUCCUCAGAGCCUCCCGUUCUCCAGAGGAGAGAUCUUCAAAGUGACGGACACGCUCUACGACGGCAAGCUGGGUCACUGGCUCGCAGUCCGAACGGACAAAAACAACCAGCUGAUGGAGAAAGGGAUCAUCCCUAACAAGAGCAGAGCCGAGCAGAUGGCAAACGUCCAGAACAGCGCUCCGGCAUCGUCCGCCAACGACCGCGGGGACUUCUGGAGGCUGAGGGGUCAGAGAGCCGCCAAGAAGAAGGACCUGCGCAAGAGCCGGGAGGACCUGAGCGCCACGCCGGUCACCACCAGGUUCCCCGCCUACGAGAGAGUGGUGUUACGUGAAGCCGGUUUCAGGAGACCUGUGGUCAUUUUUGGACCCAUUUCUGACGCAGUGAAUGAAAAGCUGGCUGCAGAACUUCCCGACGAGUUUGUUAUUGCCAAAACGGAGCCCAAAGAUGCCGGCAGUGAGAAAUCCUCUGGAGUUGUGCGCCUAAACACCAUUCGACAGAUCAUUGAACAGGACCGACACGCUCUGCUGGACGUGACGCCAAAAGCCGUGGACACCCUGAACUACACACAGUGGUAUCCCAUCGUCAUCUUCCUGAACCCCGACAGCAAGCAGGGCGUGAAGACCAUGAGGAACCGCCUCCUGCCCGGAUCCAGCCGAAGCUCCAGGAAACUGUAUGAGCAGGCCGUCCGGCUGAGGAAGACCUGCUCACACCUGUUCACAGCAACUAUCGACCUGAUCUCGGCCAACGACGCGUGGUACGGCAGCGUGAAGGACGAGAUUAAACUGCAGCAGGAGAGAGCUGUGUGGGUGUCGGAGGGCAAGCUGGACGGUUCAGACGAGGAACUGGAUCUCCACGACGACCAUUUGUCCUACCUGUCUGCCAUGGGCGCAGACUACCUCAGCAUGGACAGCCGGUUGACCAGUGACUACGAUGACACCGCCGAUGAAGGCGGAGCUUACACUGACAACGAGCUGGACGAGACGAUGGAUGACCCGCACCCCGUGUCGGCCAUCAGUCGCUCCUCGGAGCCCGUCCUGCGAGACGAGAAGUCUCAUCCUGAAGCCCGAGGCCGCAUAAGGAGUACGAGCAACAGAGACACGCUGAACCGAGAGCCCAGCCCACCCCCCUCGUUUGUCCCAGAACCCCCAAAGGUACGCACGCAGAUCCGCAGCGACUCCACCCGCAGCGAGUCUCAGUCCAGCAGCACCAUCAGCAGCGACGCCGUGGUCGGGAACAAGCCCCUCCCCCCACCCAUAGCCCUGAAGCCCUCCAUCGCCCGCGUGCCGACAGAGGAUCAGAGCCCGGUCAAAGAGGAGGAGGACCCCGCCAACAAAUCCUUCUUGGGCAAGAGAAUGGGUGAGCAGAUUAAAGCCUUUGAGAAGAUGGACCACCUGGCCCGAGCUCAGAGGGUGCUGGAGCUACAGGAGGCCGAGAGUGCUCGGUUGGAAAUCGCCCAGAAGCAUCCCGACAUCUACGCCGUCCCGGUGAAACUCCCCAAACACAACCUCAACCGUCCCCAGCCGAUCGGGUCCAACGCCGAGCCGCAGACGCCAUCCCGGCCGCUGUACUCCGAAAGACCCGAGGACGCUGAGGGCGACUACCGCCGCCAGCCUUCUGAGCACACCAAGAGAGGGUUCUACGCCCCCCAGAAGUACAAAGACACCGAGCUGUGAGGGUCCGGACCAGGAAGUGAUGUCAUUACUGCGGUUACAGACUUUACUGCGAACUCUGAGCUCCGGGUGUUUGGAGAUGCACCGACCUGCAGACUUUUUUAACCCAAUUUUCACAAAGUGAUGUUCUGCUGUAAAUAUUUCUGUGAUGUUUAGUUCUCCGUAAUAACGUGACCGUCGCAGAGCCGACAAGUUUUCUCCCAAAAACGAUUUGUGGUUCCACUCCGGAAAGUGACGACGAUUAGGAUGAGAUACAAGACCCCCCAGUGCAUUUUUUCAGCUCUGCUUUUGUCCGUAUUGCGGGCUCCUCCCCUCUCAGGUGGAAUGGAUGCCGGGAGCAGUCUAAAAUGUGGUUGAGCUGCUGCUGCUUCUUUGUAGUUUCUGCUAAAAUCCUGCUGGAGGGGGGGGUUCAACACUGCCAAGUGCCUUGCAGCUCCAGGCUUGUCCCGGAGUCGAGCCUGUGGAGUCUGAGGCUGUGCAGCGUUGGAGGAGGCGGGUCAAACGGUUUCUAGGGAGGGGCCACACUCACACCGGAAUCUUUGUGCUGCUGGGUUUGAUAUCGGCGACAAUCACACCUUUAUUUUUCUACAGACACUGCUGUACACGUGCCGACAAUCAUGGUAAAGAGCUGUUAGUUUGUGGUUUCUGUCUUUUCACCUCUCACUUUCUAAUAAUAAAUCUCACUUUUUUACACUC